AUGGUGCUGCAGCAGAGUAGUGCCGCCGCCGGCGCAGGCAUGUUCCCAGGCGUGGCGGCGUGCCGGCCAGGCCCGAGGCCGGCAGCUACGGCGCCGAUGAUGGCGAAGCAGGAGCGGGAGGCUGAUGAUGAACACGAGGAGGAGCAGCGGCAGGCGGCUAACGCGGAGGAACUCCGGCGCGGGCCGUGGACGGUGGACGAGGACCUCACGCUCAUCAACUACAUCGCCGACCACGGCGAGGGCCGCUGGAACGCGCUCGCGCGCGCCGCCGGGCUGAAGCGGACGGGGAAGAGCUGCCGCCUGCGGUGGCUCAACUACCUGCGGCCGGACGUGAAGCGCGGCGACUUCACCGCCGACGAGCAGCUCCUCAUCCUCGACCUCCACUCCCGCUGGGGCAACCGGUGGUCCAAGAUCGCGGCGCACCUGCCAGGUCGGACGGACAACGAGAUCAAGAACUACUGGCGGACGCGGGUGCAGAAGCACGCCAAGCAGCUCAACUGCGACGUCAACAGCAAGGGCUUCAAGGACGCCAUGCGCUUCCUCUGGAUGCCCCGCCUCGCCGAGCGCGCCGCCGCCCAGGCCCAGCACCACCACCAGCUGCCGUCGCCGUUGACCCCCUGCAUCAUGGGCAUGGCCACGGCGCCACCCUCCUCCUCCGCGCUGAUGAUGAUGGACGCAACCAGCAACAGCAACAGCAGCAGCUGCUCCCCCAGCAGCGCCGUCACCAGCAGCUCCUCCUGCAGCUCACUCACGUCCGAGUCCGCGCAUGACGACAGCACCCGGCCGCACGCCGCCGCUGCCGCGGAGCCGCCAGCCGCGUUCACCACAGCUGACGACGGCUACUGGGGAGCCGCCACGACGACGAUGCCGCAGCAGCAGAACGACCACUACGACUUCUGGGCGUCCGCGCUGCAGCAUCUCACCACCGGCGACCACCACUUCCAGCAGCAGGCCACGGACCAGGACCUCACCGGCUGGGUGCUGGGCUUCUCCGACGGCGGCAUCUUGUCCGGCUCCUCGUCGGAGGACAACCUCUGGAGCCUCGACGACAUCUGGAGAAGAAGAGAGGUCGUCGAUCGAUCGGCCGGCAUGCAUCAGCGGACCACCAUGGCUCGGCGAGCGGCGUCGGCGACAACGACGAAGCCCCUGCUCCUCCUCGUGGCGACCGUCCUGGCGUCCGCGCUCCUUGGGGCGGCGCCGGCCGCCGCGAACGCGCCCGGCGGGGCGUUCAGCAACUGGGUGGCGAUGAACCAGCAGAGCUACGCGCUGUACGCGCAGAAGUCCGCCGGGGACGGGGGCAAGGAGCCCAUGGACAAGAACCUGCAGGAGGCGGAGGCGAAGAAGGUGACGUACGUGGUGGACCCCAGCGGCAGCGGCGACUACCCCAACAUCACGGCGGCGCUGGAGGCGAUCCCGGAGAGCAACACGAAGCGCGUGAUCCUGGACCUGAAGCCCGGCGCGGUGUUCCGCGAGAAGCUGUUCGUGAACAUCAGCAAGCCGUUCGUGACGUUCAAGUCGGACCCGAUGAACCCGGCCACCGUGAUCUGGAACGACACGGCGGCGUCGCACGGCAAGGACGGCAAGCCCGUGGGCACGGUGGGGAGCGCGACGCUGGCGGUGGAGUCGGACUACUUCACGGCGUACGGCGUGGUGUUCCGGAACGACGCGCCGCUGGCGACGCCCGGCGCCAAGGGCGGGCAGGCGGUGGCGAUGCGGCUGUUCGGGACCAAGGCGCAGGUCUACAACUGCACCAUCGACGGCGGGCAGGACACGCUAUACGACCACAAGGGCCUGCACUACUUCAAGAGCUGCCUCAUCCGGGGCAGCGUCGACUUCAUCUUCGGCUUCGGCAGGAGCUUCUACGAGGACUGCCGCAUCGAGUCGGUGGUCAAGGAGGUGGCGGUGCUCACGGCGCAGCAGCGGACCAAGUCCAUUGAGGGCGCCAUCGACACCGGCUUCUCCUUCAAGAACUGCAGCAUCGGCGGCGUCAAGGGCGGCCAAAUCUACCUGGGCCGCGCCUGGGGGGACUCGUCCCGGGUGGUGUACGCUUACACGGAGAUGGGGGAGGAGGUGGUCCCCGUCGGCUGGGACGGCUGGGAAAUCGCCAAGCCGGAGAGCAGCGGCAUCUACUACGGCGAGUUCAAGUGCUUUGGCCCCGGCGCCGACGUCAAGAAGAAGAAGAGGGUGGGGUGGGCGCUGGACCUCACCGAGGAGCAGGCCAAGCCCUUCGUCGGCACGCACUACAUCCUCGGCGACACGUGGCUCCAGCCACCGCCUAACACCCCGUUUGAGAGAGAGAGAGAGAGGCGCACUGUUGCGGAAAUGCCGCUCCCGGCGUUCCUGGCGGCGGCGGCGAGGCUCGCCGUCCUGGUGGCCGCUGCGGUGACGGCGGCCAACGCGGCCUCCUUCGCGCGGUACCGGCGCCGCCACCUCCGCCGCAUCCCCAACCCCAUCGACGAGUCCGCCGACCCCCUCGCCGACUUCCGCGCCCUCCCCUUCAACUCCGCCGCCGCCUCCGAGGAGGCCGCAGAAGAUGGCAAUUUCUUCUUUGGGCUAGCGACCGCGCCGGCGCAUGUCGAGGACAGGUUGGAAGAUGCUUGGCUUCAGUUUGCAGUCGAGCAUUCCUGCGAUGACAAGGAGGCUGUGCGCGACCAUAAGACAGCAGACGCGGUGAUGGCAUCGGCUGCAGGGGACGGAGGCGCUCAGUUGGCUUCUAGGUCCAGAGGGGAUGAAAAGGCUGGUGAUGGAGAGAAGAGGAAGCCUCUUAAGGUUGCCAUGGAGGCGAUGCUCAGGGGGUUUGAAAUGUUUUCUGACGGUGGUGAAUCUGGUUCUGGCGAUAAUUGCAGCCACAACGUCGCGGCUUGGCACAAUGUUCCUUGUCCGCAAGAAAGGCUUAAGUUUUGGUCUGAUCCCGAUACUGAGUUGAAACUUGCUAAGGAAACUGGGAUCAGUGUUUUCCGCCUCGGGAUUGAUUGGACAAGGAUAAUGCCUAAGGAACCAACUGAAGAGUUGAAGAGUUCAGUCAAUUUUGCAGCACUCGAGCGAUAUAGAUGGAUAAUUCAAAGGGUUCGUGAAUAUGGAAUGAAAGUGAUGCUUACGUUAUUUCACCACUCACUUCCACCUUGGGCUGGAGAAUAUGGUGGGUGGAGGAUGGAAAAAACCACGAAGUACUUUAUGGAUUUUGUGAGGCUUGUUGUUGAUCGUGUAUCUGAUUUGGUGGACUACUGGGUGGUUUUUAAUGAACCUCAUGUGUUUGUAAUGCUGACCUAUUGUGCUGGUGCUUGGCCUGGUGGAGACCCUAAUGCAAUUGAAGUAGCAACAUCUGCUUUACCAACUGGUGUAUAUAACCAAGCAUUACAUUGGAUGGCUAUUGCACAUGCAGAAGCCUAUGACUACAUACAUUCAGAAAGAAAAAGUAAAAGGAAGCCAAUCGUUGGUGUCGCUCAUCAUGUAUCGUUUACACGGCCCUAUGGUCUAUUUGAUGUUGCUGCUGUCACACUGGCUAAUUCAUUGACCCUUUUCCCUUACAUUGAUAGCAUAUGUGAUAAAUUGGAUUUUAUUGGCAUCAACUACUAUGGGCAGGAGGUGAUAUCUGGCCCUGGUCUAAAGCUCGUGGACGAUGAUGAGUACAGUGAAUCUGGUCGUGGUGUUUAUCCUGAUGGGCUGUUUCGUAUCCUGAUUCAGUUUAAUGAAAGAUACAAGAGCUUAAAUAUACCUUUUAUAAUUACUGAAAAUGGAGUUUCUGACGAGACUGAUCUGAUUCGCAAACCAUAUAUUCUGGAGCACCUGUUAGCCAUUUAUGCUGCAAUCAUUAUGGGUGUGCCUGUGCUUGGUUAUCUAUUCUGGACGAUGUCAGAUAAUUGGGAAUGGGCAGAUGGCUAUGGUCCCAAGUUUGGGCUUGUAGCUGUUGAUCGUUCUAACAACCUAGCACGGAAACCUAGGCCUUCAUACUAUUUAUUCUCCAAGGUUGUUACAACUGGGAAAAUUACAAGACAGGACAGACUGGGUGCUUGGAGGGAGCUGCAACAAGCAGCAUUUCAGAAGAAAACACGCCCAUUUUUCAGGGCAGUAGAUAAACAUGGUCGGAUGUAUGCAGGUAAAGUAGCAUGA